GGUUCUUUUCCCAAUAUGGAUGAUACACGUUACACGAGUCACAAUGUUUUCUCGUUUCAGGACUUUAAAUGUUCCCCUGAUCCUUUAUUCACAGUCAAGUUGGAAUGUGUGGAGCCGCGUCCGGCGCCGAUAGUGGUGGAUAACGGCUCUUUUCAAUGCCGCGCAGGUUGGGCGUCCGGCACGUCGGGGCUUGAUCAGCCGCGGCUCGUGUUUAGAUCAGCGGCUGCACGAAGCAGAGGAGCCGCGCGCAGUGACACGCACAUCGGUAAUGACAUUCCGAACCUUGAGCCGCUGCGCUGGACGUUCAAGAGCGCGUUUGACCGUAACGUUGUUGUUAACUUCGACAUACAGGAGCUCAUCUUUGAUUACAUCUUCAUGCACUUGGGCAUCAACACACAGGGCCAUGUGGAUCACCCUGUGGUAGUCACCGAGCCACCCUGCAACCCUCUGCACUGCAGACAGAUGAUGUCAGAGUUGCUCUUUGAGUGUUAUGGGGUUCCACAGGUGGCAUACGGUGUGGACAGUCUCUUCAGCUUCUAUUACAACAAUGUCAGUCAUGGAGUGGAUCCCUCCUACACUGGUCUGGUAAUGUCAUCAGGGUAUCACUGCUCUCACGUGCUUCCCGUCAUCAAUGGCAGGCUGGACGCAGUGAACUGUAAGCGUGUGAAUGUGGGUGGUGGUCAGGCGGCAGCUUAUCUGCAGAGAUUGGUACAGCUGAAAUACCCCGCACAUCAGGCCGCCAUAACACAGAGUCGCAUGGAGGAGCUACUGCACCAGCACAGCUACAUCGCACUCGACUACCAGCACGAGAUGGAGAAGUGGCGCAGUCCUGAGUUUUACAAAGAGGAAGUCCACCGUGUACAGCUGCCGUUCUCAGGCCGGGUGGCAGGGGUUUGCGUGAGCGCUGAGGAGCGGAACGAGAGGAAAGCGCAACAACUCUGUCGACUACAGGAAAUUAACAACCGUCGUAGAGAACAGAAACUACAGGAAGACCAAAAACGACUGGAGACACUGCUGUCUGUACAGGAGCUGCUGGAAGAGGGCUCGCUGGAGAUGUUUCACAGGAGUCUGGUAGAGCUCAACAUGGACUCAGCUGAAGAGCUUCAGUCCUACAUCCAUAAACUCAGUCUGAGUGUGGAGCAGCAGCGGCUCGUGAAUACUGAGGUUGCAGAGGUGGAGCCGCCCGUGGAUGAAGGAAAUGACAAAAAAAAGCCAGAUUUAAAUGAAGUAAACAAUGAGAACGGAAAAACUACCAAUGUCACCCAGCCGUUGUUUAACCUGGCUGAGUAUCACCAGCUGUUCAUCGGCACCGAACGUCUACGCGUGCCAGAGAUAUUAUUCCAGCCAUCUGUGAUUGGUGAAGAGCAAAUGGGCCUGAUGGAGGCGCUACAGUUUGUGCUGGAACAAUCCUCAGAGUUCUUUGCCAUGAGGUUCCACGUUGAAGUUCCAGUGACCAGUUUGAGGGAGUGUGAGAGCGAUGACACCAAAUUUAACAUACCUGCUCCCCAUUCACACCAGAGACCUUGUAACACUAACGAGUCACAUGACACCGGGGAGGGAAAAUGGCUAAUUGGGCCCAAUUUGGACAUUUUCACUUAGGGGUGUACUCACUUUUGUUGCCAGCGGUUUAGACAUUAAUGGCUGUGUGUUGAGUUAUUUUGAGGGAACAGCAAAUUGACACUGUUAUACAAGCUGUACACUCACUACUUUACAUUGUAGGAAAGUGUAAUUUGUUCAGUGUUGUCACGUGAAAAGAUAUAAUCAAAUAUUUACAAAAAUGUGAGGGGUGUACUCACUUUUUUGAGAUACUGUAUGUAAUUAAGCUAUAAAUGUGGUUUAUGAGGACACCUCAAAUGUUCUCAUAAACCAAAAGGCUUAAACAUACUAAAUGUGUUUUUGAAAAUGUUAAAAUGCUGAAAGUUUUCUUUGAGGGUCAGGGUUUGGGUAUAGAAUCUACACUUUGUAUUGUAUAAAAUACAGGCUAUGGAGAGUCCUCGUAAACCACAAAUAAUAAAGUGUGUGUAUGUGUGUUUGUCAGGUUUUGAAAUCAGCUACAUUAUUGGGCUCAGCUAAUGGACCUAUAAGGAAAAGGCUUAAUAAACAUAGUAAAUAAUGUGUUAUUUAAAAUCUAAUAAUACAGAAAGGUUUGAGUUGGGUUAAGGGGUAGGGGAAAGAACAUUCAGCUCAGUAUGACCACAAUAGAAAGUCUCCACAAUGACAGA